AUGACGAUUCCGAGUCCUGUCACGGGCGUGAGACAGUCGGCCCAAGGCGAGUUUCUGCGCGUCAGGCAGCAGCGGCCCACGCGUGGCCACGCUCGCGGGAGGUUGUUGUUGGUUUACCUGCUGUUUGUUUCUUCCCCACGCGUGUUCGUGUUCCUGAUGCGCGGCGCGAUGGCGAGGCGGCGAGCGUGGCUGCUGCUGCUGCCGUGUUUCGUGUGUGUCCUGCUGCGGCUGUGUCCCGCCGCGGGGCGGGGUCUGCCGGUGUCGCCCGCGCCGGGGGGCCCCUCGCCCGCCGGUCAGCGGGGCUGUCCUCUCUCCCUCCCUCUCCCUCUCUGGCUGGCUGUGGUCAGCGGGGCUGUCCUCUCUCCCUCUCCCUCUCUGGCUGGCUGUGGUCAGUGGUCAGCGGGGCUGUCCCCUCUCCCUCUCUGUCCGGCUGCAGGCUGUGAGAUCCCCUCGGAGCAGCAGGUCCGCUGUGGUCUCCCGGACACCAGCCCGGCCGCCUGCCAGGCCCGGGGCUGCUGUGUGGACAACACGACGAGCGGCUGCUACUACCCGCUGAACGUGUGCACGCGGGACGGCCACUUCAUCUUCACGGUCCACCGGCACGACACGGUGCCGGACACGGACCCGCGGGGCCUGGUGGCGGGGCCCAGCGGGUGUGCGCCCGCGCUGGCCACGCCCCACUACGCCAUCUUCGCCAUCGGCCUGCAGCUGUGCGGCGUGCGCUCCUCGGUGGAGGGCAACGCCACGGUGUACGCGGUGGAGGUGCGCGGCACCAGGCUGGCGACGGCGCAGGUCGCGUACGGGCAGAUCAGCAGGGACGUGCCCUUCAGCAUGCAGGUGCGCUGCCGGCUCGUCCCCGGCUCCUUCAGCAGCCGCGGGUUCCUGGUGAGGGACCUGCCUCCGCCUGUGGCCUCCGCCGCCGGACAGCUGCGCCUCGAGCUCCGCGUCGCCAGAGAUGGCUGUUACCGCUCUUACUUCCCCCAGGCUGCCCUCCCCCUGCAGCUGCGCCUGAAGGCCCCCCUGUUCCUGGAGGUGCGGCUGGUGUUGCCCCCCGACCCCAGCCUGGUGCUGCUGGUGCACUACUGUGUGGCGUACCCCAGAUCCGCGCAGGCCGCCUGGGUGCUCAUCUACGACGGGUGCCCCAACGAGGUGGACCCCGACUCUGUGGACAUCAAGGUGCAGCCAGCCGACCACCCCAGACACUACCGGCGCUUCACCGUGCAUACCUUCCAGUUCGUGAACCCCAACACGGGCCGCUACCUGGGGGAGGAGGUGUACAUCAUGUGUGUGACCGAGGUCUGCUCUCCCGCUGUCCAGUCCUGUGACCCCAAGUGCUUUGACCCUAAAACCAUGAGGAUGCAGCUUCCUGGCUCCAAGCCUGUGCCAGGGGACAUCGCUGUCCAGCAGGGCCCCUUCCUCAUGCCCAAGGCUUGGCCACCCAAGUGAAGGCCGGUCCAGUGGGGAGGGGCCUGCUGUUCUGGCCCUGUGUGACUAUGCUGCUGCUGUGUGGUUGGUCAGUGUGGAGAUACGAGUGAUGUUGCAAUAAAAAAACAAACUGAACUGA